AAGACAGAGGGCCUUCUACAAUGUUGAAAUUGCAUGUUUAUUACGUUUCUAUGCCUUUUGACAUUUCUAGCAUCUGAGCAGUGACGGAGCUGAAGACUGACACAUAAUAAUGUGAGCUGACGGUAACCCAGGCGACCGGCUUCUGCAUCAGUACCCGUAUUUCCGUACGAACAGCAGCUAUCUCUCUCUAUUUCAGGGCGACUCGUGCUGAAAUUUUCUAACAUGACGCAUCGCAUGGUAGAUUAAAUUGGUCAAUAGAAUGGAUGUUCCUGCGGUAAACCAGAGCUAUACACAUCCACCACCUCAGCCAUGGGCCGGACAGAGCCCCAGGACCCCAACCAUGCCUUCUCCCAGCCGUGCACCUCCUUCUUAUCACUACCCAAACCUGAACCCAGAUCAGCAGAGUGUGACCCCGAUGACCCACAUGACAGGAACCUCAGCAGGUCAUCGGCCUCAUUCACUGUACUGGGACCCCUCACAGCAAAGCUACCAGGAUGUGUUAAAGCCUGUUCCUGAGAUCACAAAUAUGACGACUCAAGGAAUGCCACAGAGAAACUACUCAUUACCAACAAGUCCAGUGUCAAAUUCCAAGACAGAGUCUCGGUACGGCCUCGAUCCUCAGCUUCUACCCAGUGUGGUCCAUGUGAUUAAAGAGAACAGGAUCCAGUGGGAGGGGAAAGUGUUUGUUUCAGAGUCCAAAUCUUCAGUUCCCCCUCUCUCCUCAACACAAUGCACCCUGGAGGACAGAGGUAAUGCCACAGCUCGUUUUAUCCGCUGCACGUCCUAUAGCUUCCCUGUGGAGGCUCAGUCAGCUCAGAAAAGUCAUCUCCCGCUGGGUGCGAUCGUGUGUCCGCUGGCCAGGCCCGAGAAGGGAGAACGUGAUGUGCCAGUUUGUGAGGCGGGAGAUUGUGUUAAGGGCUGUGCACACUGCGGGGCCUUCAUGAGCCCUGCUAUGAGCUGGCAGGACUGCGGGCAAAGAUUCUACUGUCCUUUCUGCGACAAACUCACAGAAGUGCCAUGGCAGUCCUAUCAGCCAACUAAUCAGGGUCGCCGCGUCGACUGCGGAAAAAAACCUGAGCUCAGUCUUGGCUCAUAUGAGAUCCUGCAAAAACAGUCAGGUAAAGCUGCUGUGUUGCUGCUGGCGAUAGAUGUUUCUGCCAGUGCGGUGAGAACGGGGCAGCCAGACCACAUUUGUAAACAGAUUUGUUCUCAAUUGCAAGCUUUAAAUGGAAACUCCUCUGGUUUCUUCAGCUCUAGCAAAUCCAUCUUCCAAGGACCAGAUUCCUCGAUCUCAUUGGCUAAAGAGUGUGUCAGUCAAGGCUGCAGUGUGCACAUCUUCGUGUUCUCCCAUCAAGAAGUACGCGGGGCUUGGCCAGGGAACAUCCCCUUUCUCACAGGGGGUGGUGUCAUCUGCUAUAACAGUCUACAGUCAGAGAUGGAACAGGAACGCUUCCGAGCUGAUCUGAGCAGAUGUGUGAACAUGCAGAUGGCCUUCAAAGUUCAACUCAGAGUUUUUGUCAGUAAAGAGAUGCGCUUAUCUGGUUGCUAUGGCACCUUCAUCGCCGAUCCUGACUCCUGCUGUGUUGCCAUGGCAGCGCUUGAUUGGCGCACAGCUCUGGCAUUUGAGUUCACUCACAACAAGUCUUUGGAUGAAACGAGGGGUGUAGCCAUACAGUUUGUGCUAUCAUAUAGUAACUCUUCUGGAGAGAACAGGACACGGAUACACACCGUUAUUCUGUCCGCUUCCCAUCAGCUGCUAGACACCUUUAGAAGCAGCCAGGCCGAGACGCUCCUCACAUUCUACUGCAAGAAAAUGUAUUCAUUAGCACUGGAGAGUCCGCUGCAGUCCCUGCGUGAGGAGUUACAGACAGAGGUUACUGAGAUGUUGGCUUGCUUCAGGAAACACAGCUGCACUGCCUCUGUGUCCCCAGGACAGCUGGUGUUGCCUCAGUUUCUGAAAGUCGUACCUGUCUACAUUAACAGUCUGUGCAAAAGUGAAGUGCUGCUGCCUGGGCUGCGGAGCUGUGUACAUCAACGUCUACGACUGCGUAGCCUCAUUGUCUCCAUGGACACGCUGAGCGCUGCUUCCCAGUUCUACCCACUUAUUCUGCCUCUGUCUGUCUCUGCUGAUAAUGCCAACAUGCCAUCAUUAGGAGAAGCCGUGCGCUGCACUGUCUCUAGUCUGGAUCCAGGGGGUCUGUAUCUGAUCUACUGCCCACUGGCACUGCUCCUUUGGGUGGGCAGCUGUGUGCCUCCUCAUACUCUUCCACAACUUUUCAACACCAACUCCUUCUCCUACCUCACAUCUGGAGAGAUCAAACUUCCAGUGCUUGAGAACUCCCUCUCCAUCAGCACCAGAGCUCUCAUAUGCUCUCUGCAGUCCUCAGCAGCUGUUACUCUCCAGCUAAAACUGGUGCGAGAGGGUGACAGCUGUGAGGAGUCUCUGUAGCGCCUCCUGGUGGAGGACAAGAGUCCUAACGGUGGAGCUUCAUAUGCUGAUUUCCUUUUUCACCUUCAUGUCAAUGCAUUGCGUCUUACUGUGUGACAGUCUCUUCUCAUAGACAAGGCUGUGGAAUAUUUGUAAAGCCCUUUGUGAUAGUUCAGUCUCAUUGAAUUUUAUCUUUUGCUCCCUCUAUAGCCAUUGCUGUCAUUCUAAAAAUCAACGAGGAAUAAGAAUUCUGUCUUGUAUGUAUUUACCAAACAUUUACCUCUGAAAUACUUACAUUUUACAAAUUUAGUAAAUGCAAAUUCGAUGUGACCAGCUUAUUAUAGGAGAAAUGCUGAAUACUAAAAUUAGUCCUUU